UUUAAAUCUAAGUAAAAUAAGUUUAAUUAUUACAAUAAUUUUAAUUAAAAAAAGGACUGAUGUGCAAUAAGCAAAACUUUUAUAAAAGGACUCACCAUAGACCUUCAUUAUACUCUAAUGCUGAUGUGGCAUCAGCUAGAAUUCUAUUGGUUGUUUGAUCGGACUUCUCCAAAGAAGUGAUUUUUUUGGCUUCACCAUAGAAGCUCCCUUCAACCAAUACAUACCCCCUUCCAUAUUGCUGCUAUAUACUCCCCCGCUCAUGAUAGAAAAAAUUAGUGACGGGUAUGAUAUGAGCUUACAACACACAGACAGAUACCAAAAAAAAAAACUAAUCUCUCCCAUACAAAGAGAAGAUGAGAAUAAAUUAUCUCACUAUCAUUGUUAACAAGUUUUAUCAUUUCUUCGUUCAAUUGAAAAAUCUCAAAACCACAAUGUUUUCUUCACCAAACAAACCAAAACCAUCUCUUCCUUGGAAAACUCGCGUUGCUAUUUUCUUCCUUGCCACUUUUUCAGACGCUGCACGUCGCUCUAACGGCACCGUUAACCGCCGUUUUUUCAAUCUCUUAGACCUCAACUCUUCACCUAAUGACACUCCAGUUAACGGAGUUUCCACCAAAGAUGUUACCGUUAACGCCGAACAUAACGUUUGGUUCCGUCUUUUCACUCCCACUGCCGGAGAUGAAACCAAAACCGCCUCUCUUCCGGUCAUCAUUUUCUUCCACGGCGGUGGAUUUACCUUUCUAUCUCCAGCUUCAGUGGCUUACGACGCUGUUUGCCGUAGAUUUUGCCGGAAAAUUAAUGCCGUUGUUGUCUCUGUUAACUACCGUCUUGCGCCGGAGCAUCAGUAUCCAUCACAAUAUGAAGACGCAGAAUCGGUGUUGAAAUUCCUCGACGAGAAUAAAUAUGUUUUGCCGGAAAAUGCUGACGUGUCAAAAUGUUUUUUGGCCGGAGAUAGUGCCGGAGCAAAUAUAGCACAUCAUGUUGCGGUUCAGGUUUGCAAAGUGGGGCUCCAGAGAAUCCGGGUUAUCGGGUUGGUUUCCAUCCAACCGUAUUUCGGAGGGGAGGAGCGGACUGAGGCGGAGAUUCGUCUUGAAGGGUCGCCGUUGGUGUCGAUGGCGAGGACAGAUUGGUUGUGGAAGGUGUUUUUGCCUGAAGGAUCGGAUCGGGAUCAUGGCGCGGUUAAUGUUAGUGGGCCGAAUGCCGAGGAUUUGUCGGGUUUGGAUUAUCCAGAUACGCUUGUUUUCGUGGCCGGGUUUGAUCCGUUAAAUGAUUGGCAAAAAAGGUAUUAUGAUUGGUUGAGAAAAUGUGGUAAAAAUGCUGAGUUGAUUGAAUAUCCAACUAUGGUUCAUGCUUUUUAUAUUUUCCCUAAUUUGUCUGAGAGUACUCAGUUGAUUUUGCAAGUCAAGGAUUUCAUCAACAGAGUCUCCAACAAUUCUAAAUGAUAGUGAUGAUUUUAGUUAUUGUUGUAAUAAUAUUGUUAUGAUAAUACUACAUUAAUGUACCUCCCAACUUUAAUAUUAUUAUUAUUAUUACUGUAGUACCACCCAGCUGGGCUCAUUGACGAUUAA